CCCAGGUUUAAGCAAUUCUCCUGCCUCAGCCUCCUAAGUAGCUGGGAUUACAGGCAUGCGCCACCAUGCCUGGCUAAUUUUUGUAUUUUUAGUAGAGACAGGGUUUCACCAUGUUGGUCAGGCUGGUCUCAAACUCCUGACCUCGUGAUCUGUCCGUCUUGGCCUCCCAAAGUGCUGGGAUUAUAGGCAUGAGCCACUGCACCCAGCCCACUCUUUUAACUAAACUUUAUUGAGCAUCUAGUUAGUGUGACACAUUAAACAUAUGUACAAAGAUAAAUAUGAAACAUUCUCUAUCCUCCAGCAGCUCCUGAUUUAGUGUGAGGACAAAAUGUGAACAAAUAAGUGCAAUUAAGCUUUAUAUGUGUAGUUGCAUUUUAAAAUGGGACUCUUUCUGUCUCAGUUUGGCUGAGGCUCCAAGAAAGUAAAAUGCCAAUAUUCUCAUAUUUUAUAAUAAAGUGGAAAACCACAAAAAGUAGAAAUUGCCCAAAAAAGGGUGGGGGGAGUGGAAAGGAAACUGUUUUUGCAACUCUUAGCUGUCCAUCUACUUCUAAUUCAGAGAUUGGAGUUUAGAAGAUUUUGAGAGUUUUUGGUGUGCUGUGAGUGGACAUUGCUUUUUCCUCACCUCACACCUAGGGAAAGAGGCUUUAAUGAAACUUUGAUAUAUGAUCCCUACACCUAGCAGGGGGGUAGGGCAGGGGUUGAGGUCACAGUGGACUAGUGUCUGACUCAUAUCUGAGGAAUUCAUUCAUUCAAUACUUAAUGCAGCACUUAUUAAGUACAGGCACUGUAUUCGCCUAUUCUAGGUACAGGCAAAUGCAGUGGUGAGCAAAAUAGAUAAAAAUGCCCCGCUUCAUGGAGCUAGCAUUCUAGUGGAUGAGAGCAAGAAAUUUUGGCUAAUUGCAAAAAUGAGUUUGGGAUAUGGUCCAAGUCUGCACUCUCAGAGGCAAAGCCACUCUGUAGGUAUUUGGAUUAGACCAGGGCUACUAGAAAGGGUCACAAAGAAGGAUGAGACUUCCACAGAAAAAGGCUGGGGGUGUAGCUAUACAUGCUAGCAAUUAACAUUGAGCUGACAGCCAGAUGAAAUAUAUUUACCCAAGUGUAAGCACAAGAUUACCAGUAUUUUCUCAUUGGGCUAAGGUGAGAAUUAAGGUGUUACCAAAGAACACAUAAAGUAACAAGUGUCAACUAUAAACAUCUGCCAAGCUCAAAGAGUACCAGCUCUUAAUCACAGAACUGUAGUAGCCAAGUUAAGAACGUUCUUGCCUAUUCCUCUGUUUGAACAUGAAAGAAGGAAGGAAACCUGGAGUUGGUGGUGAUGAUGGGAGUUGGGGUGGGGGCAGGUGUGGUGGGGAUUAGGAGAGAAAUUUUAGACAGGUACAUAGAAGGGAAAUCAAACAUUUUUUACUUGAACAACCAGAAAAGUCAUGAGAUUUGUAUCUUAUUUUAUUCAAUGAGCAUGGGAGGAUUAACUCCACCAGGUGUGUUUUAACAUGUGGAGUGAAAAUAAGUUACUUACAAAUUGCACCCUAUACAUCUAUUUGUUCAAUGUACCAGUUAUAGGUGCUAAACAUAAUAACACGGUAAGAUUUACACAUCCAUGAAAAAAAUUUUCAACUUGGCUUUUAUUUAGAAUUUACUUUUAUUUGAUUCUUUUAAAAGCCUAACAUAACUUACCAAUUACCUUUAAUUUUUUUUUUUUUUUUGAGACAGGGUCUUUGUCACCCAGGCUGAUCAUAGUUCAUUGCAAACUUGAGCUCCUGGGUGUCUCACGUGUCCAAGUGAAGAGACCACCAAACAGGCUUUGUGUGAGCAACAUGGCUGUUUAUUUCACCUGGGUGCAGGCAGGCUGACUCCGAAAAGAGAGUCAGCAAAGGGUGGUGGAUUAUCAUUAAUUAGUUCUUAAAGGUUUUGGGAUAGGCAGUGGAGUUAAGAGCAAUGUUUUGGGGGCAGGGGGUGGAUCUCACAAAGUACAUUCUCAAGGGUGGGGAGAAUUACAAAGAACCUUCUUAAGGGUGGGGGAUAUUACAAAGUACAUUGAUCAGUUAGGUUGGGGCAGAAAUAAAUCAAUGGUGGAAUGUCAUCAGUUAAGGCUAUUUUCACUUCUUUUGUGGAUCUUCAGUUACUUCAGGCCAUCUGGAUGUAUACGUGCAGGUCACUGGGGAUAUGAUGGCUUAGCUUGGGCUUAGAGGCCUGACAUUCCUGUCUUCUUGUAUUAAUAAGAAAAAUAAAACAAAAUAGUGGUAAAGUGUUGGGGCAGCGAAAAUUUUGGGGGGUGGUAUGGAGAGAUAAUGGGCGAUGUUUCUCAGGGCUGCUUCAAGCAGGAUUGGGGCAGCAUGGGAACCUACAGUGGGAGAGAUUCAACUGAAGAAAGAUUUUGGGGUAAGGGGUUAUAUUGUGGGGUUGUUAGAAGAAGCAUUUGUCGUAUAGUAUUGGUGAUGGCCUGGAUGUGGUUUUAUAUGAAUUGAGAAACUAAACGAAAGACACAAGGUCCGAAUAAAAGAAGGAGAAAAAUAGGUAUUAAAGGACUAAGAAUUAGGAGUACUCAGGAUGUCCAAUUAGAGAGUGUCCAAGCGGGUUCAACGUUAUUGUUUGCUUGGUUGGCGAGUUUUUGGGCUCUAUCCUUGAGUUUUUUUAUGUUGUCAUAUACCAGGCCAGAUUGAUUUAGGUAAAAAUAGCACUCUUCAUUUAAAAAUAUACAGAGUCCCCCCCACCUUUUCUUUUUAGUAGUAAGUCGGGGCCUCGGCGAUUUUUGAGGAAAGAGAAAUGCAAAGCCAGCAAUUGUUUGUUAAAGAAGGAUUAGAAACAGCUAGGAGAGUGUGACUGAGAUUGAUAGUGUGGUGGAGAUAGCUGGGAGAGGUAGAGGGUGGCAUAAGAAUGGGAACGAGAAUAAGAGUAAGUAUAAAAGUAAAGAAUAGGACUUCAUCAGGGUGAAAGUAUUGGAGUGUACUUUGUCACUGAAGAUCUUCUAUCCACUUAAAGAGAGACUUAAGGGUGGCAGUUUGAGGUAAAACCAGGUGCCACUGAAUACCAAGAGCCUGAGAAACUGAGGUGGGAAGGCCAAACUGAGGAAUUAUGUCUGACAGAAGGGAAGAAAUGACCGUGGUGGCCUUCUCAGACCCUGUGGGAAAGGCCUCUACCCAUCCAGUGAAAGUGUCUACGCAGACCAAGAGGUAUUUUAGUUUCCCGACUCGAGGCAUGUGAGUAAAGUCAAUUUGCCCGUCCUGGGCGGGGGCAAAUCCCCGAGCUUGAUGUGUAGGGAAAGGAGGGGGCCUGAACAAUCCCUGAGGAGUAGUAGAAUAGCAGGUGGAACACUGAGAAGUGAUUUCCUUAAGGAUAGAUUUCCGUGAUGAAAAGGAAAUGAGAGGUUCCAAGAGGCAGGCUAGCGGCUUGCAACCUACAUGGAAGAGGUUAUGAAAUGACAAUAGAAUAGAAUGGGCCUGUGAGGCUGGAAGGAUGUAUUUUCCUUGGUCCAAGAACCAUUUGCCUUGUGUGGGAAGAGAUUGAUAGGUGGAAGUUUCAGUGGGGGAGUAGGUAGGAGUGACCGAUGAGAAGGAGAAAAACUGGCCGUGAGGGACAGCAGUUGGAAUUCUAGCUGCUUCUUUAGCUACCUUAUCAGCAUAAACGUUGCCCUGAGCAAUGGGAUCUGAUGCCUUUUGGUGGCCCUUACAGUGUAUGACUCCAGCUUCCUUUGGAAGUAAAGCGGCCUUGAGAAGAGUUUUUAUUAAAGAGGCAUUAAUGAUGGAGGACCCUUGUGUAGUGAGGAAACCUCUUUCAGCCCAUAUAACAGCACAGUGGUGCAAGAUAUGGAAGGCAUAUUAAGAGUCAGGCAUCUUAAGACCCUUGAGACAGGGUCUUGCUGUGUUGCUCGGGCUGGUAACUCCUGGCCCUAAGCAAUUCUCCUGCAUUAGCAGGAGAAAAAAAAGUGUCGGGAUUACAGGUGUGAGCCACUGCCUGGCUUCCAAUGACCUUUAAAGAAGUAGUGUUAUGUUCGCUGACCUAGUCUUCCUACAAAAUAUCUUUAUUGAUCAGUUUUUCAGCUUCUGAUUAAUGCUCAAGAUGUAUCUUGAGGCCGGGCAUGGUAGCUCAUGCCUGUAAUCCCAGCACUUUGGGAGGCCAAGGCAGGAGGAUAGCUUGAGUCCAGGAGUUUGAGACCAACCUGGGCAACAAAGUAAGACCUUGUCUCUACAAAAAAAAUAAACAAAAUUAUCUGGGAAUGGGGGUACUUGCCUGUAGUCCCAGCUACUUGGGAGGCUGAGGUGGGAGGAUCACUUGGCCCAGGAGGUCAAGGCCGAAGUGAUUGUGCCAUUGCACUCCAGCCUGGGCAACAGAGAAAGACCCUGUCUGAAAAAAAAAAAAUGUAUCUUGAGAGCUAAGGAGCUGAGUAUGGUGGCUCACUCCUGUAAUUUCAGCACUUUGGGAGGCCAAGGAGGGAGGAUCACUUUAAGGCCAGACAUUCAUGACCAGCCUGGGCAACAUAGUAGGACCCUGUCUCUACAGAAAAUUUUAAAAUUAGCCAGGUAUGGUGGUGUGCACCUGUAGCCCUAGCUACUUGGGAGGCUGAGGCAAUAGGAUGGCUUGAGCCCAGGAGUUCAAGGUUACAGUGAGCUAUGAUCAUGCCACUGUACUCUAGCCUGGGCUACACAGCUAGACUCUGUCUCUAAAAAAAAAAAGUUGUUGUUGUUUUUAAAUAUGUAUCUUGAGCUAAAUCCCCAAAACACACAAAGAGGAGCUGAAAAUCAUAUAAACCUUUAAUAAGCCCUUGGGACUUUCAGUUUUAACAAAAAGGUCAACCAAAUGCCCCUUCUUUUGGUCUACAAGUAGAGCUUUGAUAACAGCCAUUCUGAAGAGUACAGACAAUUGCUGUGAAUAAAGGAUGUAUCACAAAGCCCCAGAUAUUUGCUUAGGAAAUAAUUAUCAGAAGGACAGGUUUUGGAGUAAUAGAUCUAUCAUUCAACAAAUGUUUAGUGAGUGCCUACUAUAUGCCAGGCUUUGUUUCAGGUACUAGGAAUAUCUCAGUAAAUUUUUAAAAACUAAAAAAAUUAUGUUUGGAUAUUUGUAUGAUUCUCUGUUGCAUAUUUACAAUGUGUGCUUCAACCUUUAUUUAAACUAGAUUAAGUGGGUUUCUUUUAUUUGUAUCCAAAAGGCUCUUUCUAUGAAAGUGACACAGUAAUAAGAAGUUACCAUCCCUAAUUGCAGGAAGCUCCCACAAGUCAGUAAGAAAAUGAUUAAUACAAUAAUAUGCGGAAAGGAAUGAAGUGGCAAUCCACUAAAGUAACAUAAACAGCCAAGAAAUGCAACAAAAGAUUUUUUUACUAGUAAUAAAAAACUAUAAAUAAAAUUAAAAAUUAAAGAAACAGGUUUUCUUUUUUGGCCUAUCAACUUGAUAAAAGUAAGAAGUACUUACAAUAUCCAGUGUUGGUAAGAAUACAGAGAAAAUUAACUCUCAGGCAGCGUAGAAUAUUAAAUGGAUAUAAUUUUUUUGCAACUCAGCCAUAUUUAUCAUAACUGUAAAUGUAAUUCCCUUUGACCCCACAAUUCUACUUCUAUGAAUUCUUCAUCAGGUAAGGUAAUUAUGUACACAAUAGGUGUGUAUGUACAAGAAUAUUCAUUAUAGUAUUUUUAUGAUACCAAUAACUUGGAAACAAUCGAAUUGCACACCAAUAGUUAAGCAAAUUAUUAUAUUUCCAUACAAUAAAAUACUAUGCAACUAUUGAAAAUAAUAUAGACCAUUACUUAUGGACAUAUGAUAGCUAUAACUUUUUAAGUGUAUUAAUAAAAACAGUUCGGUAUCAUCUUAUUUUUAAAAAUUGUAUAUUUAUUACACAUCGGUGUGAGGCAUGUGACUAGAGAGAUAUAUAUGGAAAGAAUUGUCAAAAUGUUUAUGUAGUACAUGACAAUUUUUAAAUGAGCAUUUAUUUAAUCAGCACUAUUUAUAAACACUUAAUAUGUGCUACGCAUUGUGCUAGGUCGUGGAGAAAUGAAAGAGAACAAUCUAUUAAUUUAAUCUGUUAAUUUAGUCCACCAAAUCAACAGUGUUUUUUAGAAAUAUGACAAUAAGCAGUGUUGAUGAAUUAGAGAAGGCAACCUCAUAUACUACUGUUGAGAGUAUAUGUUGGUAAAACAUUUCUGGAGAACAAUUUAGUAGUUUGUUUUAUUUUUUUUUUUUCUGGGAUGGAGUCUCACUCUGUCGCCCAGGCUGGAGUGCAGUGGAGUGCACGAUCUCGGCUCACUGCAACCUCCGCCUCCCGGGUUCAAGAGAUUCUUCUGCCUCAGCCUCCUGAGUAGCUGGGACUACAGGCGCACGCCACCAAGCCCAGCUAAUUUUUAUAUUUUUAGUAGAGACGGGGUUUUACCAUGUCGGCCAGGAUGGUCCGAUCUCCUGACCUCGUGAUCCACCCGCCUCUGCCUUCCAAAGUGUUGGGAUUACAGGCGUGAGCCACCGCGCCUGGCUUUUUUUUUUUUUUUUUUGAAACAGAAUCUCUAUUGCCCAGGCAAGCUGGAGUGCAAUGGCGCGACCACGGCUCACUGCAACCUCCAUCUCCCGGGCUCAAGAGAUCCUCCCACUUCAGCUUCCCGAGUGGCUGGGACCACAGGCGCAUGCCAACAUGCCCAGCCUUUUUUAUUUUAUUAUUAUUAUUAUUAUUGUAGCGACGAGGUCCCACUGUAUUAAAAUAAUAUAGUGAUCUCGAACUCCUGGGCUCAAGCAAUCCUCCGUCCUAGGCCUCCGAUAGUGCUGGGAUUACAGGCGUGAGCCACCACACCCAGUCUCUUUUUUACAAAGAAUAUAAAUAGCCGGUGGAUGUUAGAUUGGCAGCUGUUUGCAGAGAUGUCAGACUAUUUCAAUAUGGAAAGAUGCUCUCAAAAGACAAAAUAGAUAAAUCGAAUAAAAGUGUCCAUUUUUUCUCAGUGGCCUAAUCUGUCAGGUACCAUGCUUGGUUUUGAGGCCAUAGAAAGACAUUAGCACCCUCUUGGAGUUCAAAGUCUGGUGGAGGAAACCAAUCAUAAUAAUAAUGAGGGUUAACGACAAUAGAACCUUGAAAGAUAACAUCUCCAGGGAAUAAGGAAGAGCAUUCCAAAGUAUUUUGCCAAAUGGCAAAAACCGCAGUUACUUUUGCACCAACCUUAACACAAAGAAAAGCAUGUACACAAACAAGAUACUCGAAGAAGAAUACGGCUGACACACAGAAAAGGAUCGUUAUCUUGUGGCUUUCCUGCAGCCUCGUUCCUUUCAGUCACAUAACACCCCAAAUCUGUGGACGGUUAAUGAGAGCUAGUAUCAUCCAGAGUCACGGCUGUUGCCUCGGACGACUUUAGAUGCAGCCCGCCAGCGGGAGAAACUGGAGGGAAUCCGCCAUACACAGGAACCAAGAAGGGCUACGUGACAGGGGCUGCCGCGCAGCUCUCAGCCGCCGGCACUCCCAGCCCAGGGUUUCCCGCCAAUCUCAGUUCCUAGAUCUUCCGAGGCUCCGCCCGCCGCCGAGCGGUCGGAGAGUUUUAAGGAAGGGGAAGUGUUGCAAGCCUAUCGAUAUCUCUGGAAUAGACUGCGCUACCCUACGCCGCCGCCGUCAAACUCCCGCAGACUUCUCUGUAGAUCGCUGAGCGAUACUUUCGGCAGCACCUCUUUGAUUCUCAGUUUUGCUGGAGGCCGCAACCAGGCCCGCGCCGCCACCAUGUUUCGAAAUCAGUAUGACAAUGAUGUCACUGUUUGGAGCCCUCAGGGCAGGAUUCAUCAAAUUGAAUAUGCAAUGGAAGCUGUUAAACAAGGUUCAGCCACAGUUGGUCUGAAAUCAAAAACUCAUGCAGUGUUGGUUGCAUUGAAAAGGGCACAAUCAGAGCUUGCAGCUCAUCAGAAAAAAAUUCUCCAUGUUGACAACCAUAUUGGUAUCUCAAUUGCGGGGCUUACUGCUGAUGCUAGACUGUUAUGUAAUUUUAUGCGUCAGGAGUGUUUGGAUUCCAGAUUUGUAUUCGAUAGACCACUACCUGUGUCUCGUCUUGUAUCUCUAAUUGGAAGCAAGACCCAGAUACCAACACAACGAUAUGGCCGGAGACCAUAUGGUGUUGGGCUGCUUAUUGCUGGUUAUGAUGAUAUGGGCCCUCACAUUUUCCAAACCUGUCCAUCUGCUAACUAUUUUGACUGCAGAGCCAUGUCCAUUGGAGCCCGUUCCCAAUCAGCUCGUACUUACUUGGAGAGACAUAUGUCUGAAUUUAUGGAGUGCAAUUUAAAUGAACUAGUUAAACAUGGUCUACGUGCCUUAAGAGAGACACUUCCUGCAGAACAGGACCUGACUACAAAGAAUGUUUCCAUUGGAAUUGUUGGUAAAGACUUGGAGUUUACAAUCUAUGAUGAUGAUGAUGUGUCUCCAUUCCUGGAAGGUCUUGAAGAAAGACCACAGAGAAAGGCACAGCCUGCUCAACCUGCUGAUGAACCUGCAGAAAAGGCUGAUGAACCAAUGGAACAUUAAGUGAUAAGCCAGUCUAUAUAUGUAUUAUCAAAUAUGUAAGAAUACAGGCACCACAUACUGAUGACAAUAAUCUAUACUUUGAACCAAAAGUUGCAGAGUGGUGGAAUGCUAUGUUUUAGGAAUCAGUCCAGAUGUGAGUUUUUUCCAAGCAACCUCACUGAAACCUGUAUAAUGGAAUACACUUUUCUUUGAAAGGGUCUGUAUAAUCAUUUUCUAGAAAGUAUGGGUAUCUAUACUAAUGUUUUUAUAUGAAGAACAUAGGUGUCUUUGUGGUUUUAAAGACAACUGUGAAAUAAAAUUGUUUCACCGCCUGGUA